AUGCAGCAUCAGAAUCAGGACCAUGACCAAAUGCUGGACUCGGGUUACCAGAUCGGUACCCCUCAGGCUCCGCUCGACUACGACGCUGCUUCCAUCUUUGGGUUUGCGGCUUGCCAGGGCUCGUCUCGACAAAGCUUGCCAGAUCAAGCCGGAUGGUGGGCCGCGGAUCACGGAGAGCAAAACGGCUGGCCAGGGGUCCAGGAAGGAGAAUGGCUGGGGGGGCAGCACCCAUUCCAGGAUCCGCUGUUUCCUACGGAGACGUUGCAGACAACACCGAUGUCCAUCUCUUCGUCGAGGUGCCAAGACCACUUGUUGUAUCAAGGUUCGCCCGUCGAGGUUGGAGAUUGGUCGAAUGUCGGCCUCUCGAGGAACGAUGGGAUAGGGGGGCAGGGGGUAGAGGGGGUUCGCGGAAACCUGGUACGAGUACCCCAGGUGGCACGAGCCGGAGAGGCAAGCCAAGAGCAACCUCUGCCAGAGUUGCUGGAAUUCCACGGCACGCCAGCUCUUGGAGAGGACUGGUCUGACGUCCAUGCCUCGAUGGACGCACACUCCCCCAAUUUUGGGUCGGGAGACUGGUCCCAUCUCAGCGCGGCUGCAGCUACGCCAAUAGACAGAGCACCUGGGGCAGCGUCGCCUGCUUACUUGACAGAUGACUCCGACGCAGGCGCACCCUACGACUACAGCAUGCUGGCCCAGAGUCUGGACAUACUCUUCGGUGAUGCACGGGCGCGAGAGCGCCUCCAACAUCUGCAUGACCAAGGCCAUGCAUGGCCCGCAGCCGUGGCGGACAACAUCCGCUUCCUGGCCGACCUCCUCUCUGGCCCUUCGCCAGCCGUGGGAGAAACGGCCUCAGUCCAGGUCCCACCUACAGAAGGCAUGGCCACGGAGCCCGCCGCUCGCGGCCCACGCACCAAGCUCCCCCGCGGCCCGACCUCCUCCCAAUGGUGGACGCGCCUCCUCCGCCUACACCCCUCCUCUCUCAUGCUGCCCUCCGCCCUUCGAACCCACAUCGCCCGUCCCCCCGCGCAUGCGCUCGUCCUUUGCGACUCACCCCCCGACCCCCCCGGCGCGUCCUUCGCGCAGCUCUUCGCCGCGCGCGUGGCGUUCAUGGCGUCGUUCCGCCCCUCGACGCGCCUGCAGCACGCGGUUGCCGUCGCGCACUGUCUGUUCUUCGCGGUGGCGGCGAGCGAUGCGAAUCCAAAGUUCUGGCGGCUGGUGACUGACGUGCCGCACGGCACGCUGCGGGACCUGCCUUCUCUCUGCGCCAAUCUCGUGCGCCUUGUGCCCGACCCCAACACCGACGCGAAGGCGACAACGGCGCUGGAGCGCAACUUGCGACGCUGGCGCACCCUCGGGUGCAAGUAUGCGUUCUUGGCGGGCAGGAUCGGGCUGGGCGGGUUGUUGCUCUUGAUUGACUUUGUAAAGAUGGAUAAGGCGUGGGGGAUGACGAAGGGGAGGGAGAAGGGGAAGAACGGGGCAGUGCGGGCUGAGGCGGUCGCGUGGUUGAAGGGGUUGGGCGUCGUGAGCAUGGCGGAGACGAGUGGCGCGGAGGAGUGGAUGCAGGGUAUGCUGUGGAACUUGUGUGCCCAGUACCCGCAUCGUCCGGUGAGGAGGGGCGAGGAGACGUUUCCGGGAUUGCACGGAGAGGAGGGGGACGAGGGUGAGGAUAGGGCAGAGGACGAUGAGGAGGAGUAUGAGGAGAUUGGGGAGUGGAGGGGCUAG